CUAGCAGCCCAAGAGGGUGGGAACGAGGUGUGAUAGCAGCAGCGGGAGCGACAUCUUGGCGCACCCAAUCCACUGUAUUUUAUGGCGAUUGGUCAAUUGCUUUAGUUGAUGUUCAGGUACCUACCACCCCCUAACUUUUAGCAAGCAGGCAAGCUACGGGUAGCUACGCGCCCCUCAACGCGUCGCAAGUGUACCUACCCAGCUACCCUACCCGCGUCCCACUUUCCGGCGCCCGCUACUGCAAAACCCCGUCUUGUUUUUCGGGGCUUCUUUCCAUAAUUUUUCCUUCUUUCCCUUCCUCACCGCAAGAACGGUCCACAGACAAGUCCGAUACCGUCAACUUUCCGAUCCUCAACACAAACUCAAAACCUACCAAUUCCAAUCUUCCCGUCUUGUACAAUUCACGUCUUCGGACUAUGACCACCGCCGGCACAGAACCCACAUCCACACCAACUUCACCACAACAACCGGCACCAAAACGCGUCAAACUCGCCGCCAACAUGGCCGAAAAAACAGAAUCCUCCGUCGCAGUCCCCAAACUCGACCAAUCACCCCCCCUCCUAAUCAAAAAGCUCUCCAGCACCGCCAAACUACCCACGCGCGGCAGCGCCUUCGCAGCGGGCUACGAUCUCUACGCGUCCCAACCGACCACCAUCCCCUCCCGGGGCAAAGCUCUAGUCGAAACAGAUAUAAGCAUCGCUGUGCCCGCCGGUACUUACGGCCGCAUAGCGCCGCGAUCCGGUCUAGCAGCGAAGCAUUUCAUCGACACCGGUGCUGGUGUAAUUGAUGCGGAUUACCGAGGUCCGGUUAAGGUACUGCUGUUUAACCACAGCGACGCCGAUUUCGAGGUUAAGGAGGGAGAGCGUGUAGCGCAGCUCGUGUUGGAGCGGAUUUAUACCCCGGAGGUGCUUGAGGUGCAGGAGUUGGAGGAGAGCGUUCGCGGCGCGGGUGGGUUUGGAAGUACGGGAACAAAUUAAGGGGGACAAUGUGUAGAUGACAAAUGAAUAAGGAGUUGGAAUGGGAAGAGGGCCAAGGCCAGGACCAGGACGAGGAUAAUGGACUUUCCAGGACAGAUUGGGACCGCCAACUGUUUUAAACGUAUCCUUGGUAUUCGGGUUUUCACCUUCAUGUCGGCAGGCUCUCGAAAUCACUAACGACGACCAAGAGAAC